AUGGGUACGACCUCUUUAUUGGGAAAUCUAUUCCCAAUGUGGAAAGUUAUAUUAGUAUUUGCUUGUAUUCACUACUCAUCAUCCUAUAGACUUAAUGUACCCCGUGUAUUGCUUCCAUAUCAUCCUACUAUACCCGUAAAGUUUUUGCUGGAAGUUACGCAACCUACCGGAGGAUGUUUUGUUUGGCGCUCCACUCGUCCCGAUGUGGUUUCCGUUACGCCGAUCGGAGUUAGACCUGGCGAGUGCUCGGAUAAAGCUGAAAUCCGUGCCACUGCCAAAGCUGUAUCUGCAGAACUGAGCGCAGUUAUUUUCGCUGAGGAUAGUGCUUCUGGAACAAUGCUCAGUUGUGGUGUCACUGUUGAUCAGAUCUCGAGAAUCCGUGUAGAAACAACCACGAAAAUACUUUUUGUCGACGCUGCACCAGCACGAAUGAUCAUCGAAGCAUUCAAUGCUGAAGGUGAUAAAUUCUCGACGCUAAGCGAAAUCCCAAUCGAUUGGGAACUGUCACAUUCCGGUGAUGGUCGUCCUCUUCGUAUUGUACCAUUUGAACAGUCCACUUAUGAGGCGCCACCCGAAAUCAUUACCCUGGAGAAUAAUAAGAAGAAAGGUUAUAUAAUUCUUGUGGAAGGAGUUCUGACAGGCUCUGCAACAUUGACCGCACGAUUCGCUGAGCCACAUUUUGCGAACAUUGAAUCUCAUAGCCUGGAACUAACUGUGGUCGCCAACCUUUUGCUUCUACCCGCUCAUGAUCUCUACUUACCGGUCCAUGCCGUGGUCCCUUUUCAAGUGCAAAUAGUCAAACAGAGUAGCACUGAAGUGGUCCCAAUGCCAUCGUCAGCGUAUUUCCUCCAAGUGGAUUCAGAUACUGUUUGUUCUCUGGAUAAAGCGACCUCCUCGAUCCGUGCUCUAGCUCGUGGUCGCACGGAUAUCCAUUUGUUCAGCCAAAAUGUCGACGUCAAAGCAAAGACAGGUGUCCGACCACCAUCGACGGCUAUAAACGUAGUUGAUCCGGAGACUAUACAAUGGAUGAUCUCUGGCGGUGGAAAUUGGUUACUACAAACGGGCACAUUGUAUAAAUUCUCAGUAUUGCUGCUUGAUCCACACGGAAAUACAAUGUACAUAAGUGAUAACCUGCGUUUUGAAAGCGUGAUACCUUCCGAGUUCUUCGAUAUUUCUCACUCGUCAAAGAAUGGGACCUAUUUCGAGGCGACCCCAAAAAAAGUAGGAAGAGCUGUGCUGAAAAGCAAGUUUGUUGCUGUCGUUGAUCAGAAUGGUGAAAACCGUGAGACUACUGGCAAAGUAACUGGAGAACAAUCAGUGCAGAUCGUUGAUCCUGUACGCAUCGCGCCAUCGGAAAUUAUGCUUCCGUAUCUUCCACGGAGAAGGACGUCGUUUGCUCUUAAGGCCACUGGUGGAAGCGGUUUGUACGACUGGAGUGUAGCUGAUACGACCAUCUGCUCUGUGGAUACAAACGGUUUGUUGAGUGGAGCAUCUCCAGGAGCUACAACCGUCACAGUGUCAGAUAAAAGGAACCCUGCUCAUAAAGAUGUUGCCGAGGUUUCGGUACUGGAUAUAAUCUCGUUGACUUUUGGCGAAACACGCAAAGAAGCAGAAGUAGGAACCGAUCUUGUGCUCAAUGUACAAUUGAUGGGUUCUGGUCUGCUGAACUCGGUGCCAUUCACUGAUUGCCGAGCUGCAGAUUUUCGCGUGCUGUCGUCCGAUAAUGGUAUAUUCAAGCCAGUUCCAGAAGCGGUCCCGACAUUGCCUAAGAUGGGCACCGGCUGUUCAACUGUUACUCUCAGAGCCAUGUCAUCAGGAGAUGCCAAAGUGACAGUUUCGUUUGGCAAAUAUGAAGCGACUCUGGACGUUUCGGCCUACGAGCCCCUCAGAAUACUAAGUAACGAUCUUGCCUUGGGCUUGGGCAGCAGCGCUAGUGUCCGGUUCGAAGGUGGGCCAAGGCCAUGGCUACUUGAUUCUUCAUCUCACUACAGUGAAGCCUCUUCGGUUAAACAUGUCACGUCAUCUGUAUAUGAUGAUGUUCUCAACGUUAAAUGUGGCUCGGAAGACGGCUCAUCGACAGUGAUUCUUCAAGUUGGAAAUAAACCAUCAUCGACGCUUCCUUUACCAGCGUUAUCUACAGUGGAAGUUUCCGUCUGCUGUGCUCGUCCUGGUAGGCUGGUGAUAUCCUCUGUCAACGGAAAUCUGCCAAAAUGCCCGUCAAAUGUGCGUAUUCUCUUGAAUGAUGCAUCGAUGAAGCUUACACUGAAUGCUCAUGCCUCAUGCGGAAAAGGAGGGGACCGGCCUUUGGACUCCAUUUCAGGAUUUGAUAUCAAAUGGAGUACCGCAAACAAGAGUGCUAUAAAAAUUGAGACCACGGCUGUGGACAAAACCUCCGCAACCAUCAGAGGCCAAGGAACCAGUGGAAAUAUAAUGGUAGCCGCAGAAAUUUUGGAACAAGGAAAGAUUCGUAGUCGCGUUGCGCUGAGGACAACAUACGAUGUACGGUUGGUACAACCGAUGCAGAUGGAACCGUCGAAACUAGUUCUGUGGAACGAGGUGGCUGCCCUAGGCACUGUGAAGCUAAUUCACGGAUCUGGACAUUUCGUUGUCCAUGAUCUUCCAGGCGCGCCUUUCACCGCUUCUUUAAAAGGAGAUUCUGUCACAGUGACUCCUCGAUCUCAGGGCACAGGUUCACUUCGUGUUCAAGAUGUCUGUAUAGGCGAUGAUUUCUUGGACAUUCCUGUCAAAAUUACCGAUAUCCAUUCUCUGAUUGUUUAUGGACCCCAGUUUAUGGAGGUAGGUUCUGAGGCAGAGGUCACCGUUGAUGCAGUGGAUGAAGCUGGCAGCUCGUUUUCGCGCGAUCAUGGUGCUCUGUCGAAUGCAGUUUUGGAAUCAACUGAAGCGAACGUUCAUAUAUCAAAGAUAUCAGGUGCACGCUAUCGCGUACGAGCGCUAUCUGUGGGAGGAGUCUCUUUGAAGGCGAAGUCUCCCUCUGCGUCAGGACGAACUUUGGCAUCCCGACCACAUACUAUCCAAGUGUUCUCGCCACUGACCCUUCUUCCACAGAAAUUAACCCUCAUCCCCGAGAGUACAUUCCAGCUGGAAGUCAUCGGCGGUCCGCAACCUACACCACCAAUUGACUUUGCUCUGAACAACUCCAAGAUCGCAAGUGUUGAAUCGAAUGCGUUGAUCACAUCGAAGAAUCUCGGCUACACGUCGAUUACGGGUACGGUGAACAUCGGUGGUGGGCACUCUACUCAGAGUACCGUAGUUUUACAUGUUGUCUCGCUGGCUGGAAUUCGAGCUCUAGCAAGCACUCAAAUCACCGAGACAGGAAGUCGUAUAUGGGUCCGCGUUAAUGGUCUUGAUGAUGCAGAGACUCCAUUUGCUUUCGGUGGAGCUCUUUAUCCAUUCAAGGUGACGUGGACUGUUAGUCAUCCUGGCGUGCUAAAAAUAGUCCAUCCUUUUGGUCCGUCGAUAUCUGAAGUUGAUGACAAUCGCUUUGCAAUUUCUCUAGAGGGUGCCAGUGCUGGUACCGCGAUUGUGAAGGUUCGCGUGGAGUUGGCACCGCACGCAAAAGAGCACUUUAUUCGAUCAAAACGUGAAUUUGAAGACAGUGUGGAAGUUCGUGUAGAGGAACCGUUGUCAAUGCGUCAGCCUAAGCUGCCGAUCCCUUCCAUACGACUUGCUCAGAAUACUCAAAUGCGUCUGGAAACAGCGUGGCCUCCGUCGGUCGUGGAGUUCUCUGUGCCCCCUGAGUAUGCCAGUCGGCUUUCCGUGACGAAAGCAGGUAUCGUCCAAGCGAAAUCACUCGCAGGGCCAGCUGUGGUGGUUGUUCGUCGAACUGACUCUUCUGACAAUGAGACAUCGGUAAUCCCGGUAACGGUCUGCGCCGUUAAUUCUCUUGACGUUCUUCUGGCAACAAAAAUCGAGCCCGUUUCCGUGACCCCACUGCAAUACCUUCCAGUGGGCGUGAAAAUUGCUCUGCAGGUGGUGUUCCGUGAUUCACGUGGUCGUCAGCUCUCUGCAUCUUCCUCAUCUUUAAGUUAUCGGCCACACAGAUUCGAUUUGACGGAGAUCGUCUCGGCUGAUGCAAACAAGACACUCACCAUAACAAUGAAGUCGCCAGGCGAUACCGUUCUGAUGAUCUGGAACACGGCUGUCCCGUCACAAAAUGUGUUCGUCAGACUCUCCGCCGUUGAACAGUUAUAUCCUUCGCGUAGGCAGCCCGUGGUGUCAGACAUAGUAUGCUUUGAAUCGCCACUAGCAGGAACUAUGAGAUGGUCAGCAAGUGACGACCGCAUUGAAUGGCUGGACGUAGAGCAGGGUGUAGCGAAACUAUCGCAACAAGGCAGCACACAUGUGACUGUAAACGUUGCUGAUCAGAAGUUGACAACUUCGAUGUUUAUUCGUGCUGCGGGGCAACUGCGAUUUGUCGACGAUCAUCCGAAAUUUGUUACGAAUGAGGAGGGUGCAUCGUUUGAGUUCCCAGUGAAUGUUGCUGCCAAUGGAACCGAUUUAUCAGCCUCUGCUAUGACAGGGUGCUCGGAAUCCCAGCUAGAGGCUCUAUCUUCUCUUCGAGCUCCAUUCGAAUGUAUCGCAUCCUUCACUAAUGGAAAAAUAGGACCAGCUGUGAAUAUACUGUCCACAAGAGCUGUUUUCUCGCCACGUACUCGCAUGUACUCAUGUAUCAUCGAGCGGCAGGAAGCUGGCUAUGUCCGCCUUGAUGUGGUCAAUGCACCUCAAAUGGAGCUGAAAUUAACAGCGAAAUGGCUAGGCGACUCUCAAGUACCGCCUGCUGUCACGAGCACAAACUUCCAUAUGGCAAUGCGUGUUCUUGAUUCAGAGGUACAACUGUCGGAUGUCGAUCAUAAAUCUGCCGUAAUUUCAGUACAAGUACCGUCAUAUCAGCUACGACAGGUGACUAUCUCUGGAUGUGCGGGUGACAUUGUUACCGUGUCGGACGCACGUCAGCCUGCUGGCGCGAAUGGAGCUGCCAAUAAGUUUUUCUUGGUCAAGCUGAACAUCAAGUCGGCUGCCUUAUGGUCAGAUCUGUCUCAAAAAUGCUCGGUAACGAUCGAAAACAGCGUUACAGGGCAGAUUGUUCAUGUUCCUGUCCGUAUUCGAAUUGUUGGUCAAGCUGCCAAACAAAAGAUGGGCGAGGAUGCUCACCUAGAGGAAGCUGAUGAGGGCUAUGGGCUUUCACCGGUUCACGAUGAAUCGCUGAAAUUCGACGAUGAUGGAGAACGGUGGAUUUGCUCAAUAGACGGGGUGGAUAAUCUUUUUUCCUUUUAA